AUGCACCUGUUUGAAGAAGAGGAGACUGGAGAGCUGAUUAACACCAGAGAAAGACCAGAUUCAGAGGAACCAGAGACGUCCAAACCAGCAAGACGAUUCCACUGCACCCAGUGUGGAAAGAGUUUUUCCCAGUUAGGAAAUCUGAAAAUACAUGAGAGAAUACACACAGGGGAAAAGCCUCAUCACUGCUCCCAGUGUGGAAAGAGUUUUAACCAGUUAAGGUACCUGAAACGACAUGAGAGAAUACACACAGGGGAAAAGCCUCAUCACUGCUCCCAGUGUGGAAAGAGUUUUAACCGGAAAGAAUACCUGAAAGUGCAUGAGAGAAUACACACAGGGGAGAAGCCUCAUCACUGCUCCCACUGUGGAAACGGUUUUAACCAGUUAGGGGGCCUGAAACGACAUGAGAGAAUACACACAGGGGAGAAUCCUCAUCACUGCUCCCAGUGUGGAAAGGGUUUUAACCAUUUAAGGGACCUGAAACAACAUGAGAGAAUACACACAGGGGAGAAGCCUUUCCAAUGCUCCCAGUGUAGAAAGGGUUUUACCCAGUUAGGGAGCCUAAAAAUACAUGAGAGAAAACACACAGGAGAUAAGCCUCAUCACUGCUCCCAGUGUAGAAAGAGUUUUAACCAGUUAGGUCACCUGAUACAGCAUGAGAGAAUACACACAGGGGAGAAGCCAUACCACUGCUCCCAAUGUGAAAAGAGUUUUGCCUGGUUAGGUCACAUGAGAAGACAUGAGUGGACCCACACAGGAGAUAAGGAUGUAGGCUGGUGAAGAGUAGGACAAAGGACAGAUGUAGGAUACUGAACAGUAGGACAAAGGACAGAUGUAGGCUGAACAGUAGGACAUAGGACAGAUGUAGGUCCAAUACAUGGUGGAUCAGUAGGCCGUAGAGACUCUGAAUGUGUCUUGUGCAUUGACUUUCCAGUGUUUUCCGUACUGCAUGUAUUAUUUACAUUUACAUUUACAUUUACGUCAUUUAGCAGACUUCUCUU